UCGUCACGGCUUUUAUCCCAACCCAAUUAUCCUUGCUGCCGAUGGCGAAGCUCUGGAUUGUCGCGGUUUUCUUUAUGUUUCUUAUAAAGGGAGUCAUGGAGAUGACCAUAGUCUUCACCGCAACGGUCAACUCUUUCUUGGAAGCAUUUCCAUCUGUAAAAUCAUAUCGGCCGUAUCUAGUCAGCAUCGUGACGCUUGCCUGUUUUUCAGUUAGCCUUAUUUUCACGACAAAGGUGGGAGGAAUAUUCAUCAACGACUUUCUCGACUUUGUUGGAACCUUGGUGACCCUGCUGAUCCUCGCGAUCAUGAGUUCGCUCAUCCUAUUUUCUUACUCCGUAACACGGCUCUGCGACGACAUACAAUUCAUGUACAAAUUCGAACCGAAUCUCUUAAUGAAGGCCGUGUUCUAUUUGACGCCACUGAUUGCAACGGUAUAGUGACCCUCGUGUUUGUCCAUGUCUGUGAGGUGAUUUCCAAAUGCUUGUUCAAUUGCAGUAUUACACCAUCUACCACCUCGCAGUCUUCUUCUCCCUGCCCACUAGGAUAAAUACCCUAUACAACGAACUUUCGGAGCUUCAGCCUUUCCUGAUCCUUUCCUGCAUCAGCCUCGUAGUUCCUCUUCUCAUAGUUGGCCUGAUCACGUACGGCAUACACGUACGAACUCAUGUGAGUAAUUUUUCUGGUAAGCGAAAAAUCUCAGUCACCCAUAUAAGCUGGAUCGGUUCUCAGUUACUAUAUGCAUGCGACAAGGUAGACAGUGGGGCUACUAUUUUAUCCGACGAAGCACUGGGGCUGCCCUGACGAGGAGAUGAACGUAGCAC